UCCAAGUCACAUCACUCUGCCUGGAGGGAAGUGAGCUCUCCAGGCUUGGUUUUAAAUUUCCUGAGCUGGACAGAGUGUUGGCAGAUAAGGAGAUGAACACUCGAACAACCCCCCAAUACCUCUCUGUCCCCUGAACCUGCCAAGUCAACCGGACGCCUGACAGAUCCUUACCAUGUUUACAACUGCAAAGGUUCCUCAGACGUUUUCUACCCCGAGCUGGCAGAUUGAAAAGCAGUAUUCAACAAGAGUGCUCGUUGGAAACUGGGUGGAAGAGAGGAGGAAGUUCACCAAAGCCACUGACCGCACCCCGCAGUGCAUUUACAGGAAGGAAUAUGUCCCCUUCCCAGGCCACAGACCAGACCAUAUAUCCAGGUGGUACGGGAAAAGGAGAGUGGAGGGUCUCCCAUACAAGCACCUCAUCACCCACCACCAGGAGCCCUCUCAUCGGUACCUGAUCAGCACCUAUGAUGACCACUACAAUCGACACAAUUAUAACCCCGGGGUGCCUGCCCUGCGUACCUGGAACGGACAGAAAUUGCUGUGGCUGCCAGAGAAGUCUGACUUUCCCCUUCUCGCGCCCCCCACAAACUAUGGACUGUUGGAGCAGCUGAAACAGAAGUGGCUUGUGUCCAAGACCAGCCCGAGGGAAAGCAUUUAUACUACAUCCUACCCCAGGCUGCCGGCGUGUGCGAUGUCCAGGAGGGAGCAUGCCAUCCCGGUCCCUCCCCCUCGACUGCACCCCACCCCACACUUCUGAGAACUAACCACUCCAUUUGCAGUCCGGCCAGAGCCAGCAGGAGACCCACGGCCUCACUGGACUUGUCAGACAGCAAGCAUCGGCAGAUGUAGCCCAAGGAUUAAUUAUGGACCGUUGCUGUGUGUGUGUGUGUGUGUGUGUGUGUGUGUGUGUGUGUGUGUGUCUUGGAAUCAUGAUCUGUAUUUUGUGGUACCUUCUCUCUAAACUCAUAAAUUGUUUUUGUUUCCACCCCAUAAUUAAAGCUCCUUUACAAAACUGCAAAAA